AUGAUUUCUUCGGGGAAGUAUGAUCCUUUGGAAGAAUCUUAUGAGGGCGGUUGCUCUCUAGACGAGAGGCCAUUGUCGUCUAAGACACAUGUUUACAAGUCAUGGGCGAAUGUUAUUCCGGAUAAGCAGGGUUUGUACGAUCCUGAGUUUGAGCGCGAUGCUUGUGGUGUUGGGUUUGUAGCUAAUAUCAAGGGUGAGUCGUCGCACAAGAUUGUUUCUGAUGCGCGGUUCUUGCUUUGUAACAUGACUCAUCGUGGUGCGGUGUCAUCGGACGGAAAUGGUGACGGUGCUGGUAUUCUUACAGGGAUUCCCCACGAGUUUAUGAAGCGUGAGUUCAAGCUAGACGUUGGGAUUGAUGUUCCGGAGCAGUUCCAGUAUGCAGUUGGUAAUGUUUUCUUCAAGAAGGACUCUCCAGAGGCGCUAGAGGGGUCCAAGCGUACUUUUGAGCAGUUGGCGGAAAGUUUGGAGUUGAAGGUGUUGGGAUGGAGGUCUGUGCCACACGAUUCUUCUAUUCUAGGGGCCGUGGCGUUGUCCAGAGAGCCAGAGAUCCUGCAGCCCGUGGUGGUGUUGAAGGAGUUGGCUGAUUCGCCAUCGCUGUCGAAGGAGGAGUUCAGCAGCAAGUACGAAACGCGGUUCAAGACGCAGUUGUACAUUCUCAGAAAACAAGCAUCUACCUCGAUUGGGCUACAGAACUGGUUCUACGUGUGUUCCUUGAAUAACAAUACAAUCGUGUACAAGGGUCAGUUGACCCCAGCCCAGGUGUACAACUACUACCACGACUUGACCAACGCGCACUUCAAGUCGCACAUGGCGUUGGUCCACUCGCGGUUCUCCACAAACACUUUCCCAUCGUGGGACCGUGCCCAGCCCUUGCGUUGGUUGGCCCACAACGGUGAAAUUAACACUUUAAGGGGUAACAAGAACUGGAUGAGAGCCAGGGAAGGUGUCAUGGCAUCCAAGGUCUUUGGCGAACAAUUGGACAAAUUGUACCCAAUUGUCGAAGAAGGUGGUUCCGAUUCCGCAGCCUUAGAUAACGUCCUCGAACUAUUGAUGAUGAACGGUGUGCUAUCGUUGCCCGAAGCCAUCAUGCUGAUGGUCCCAGAAGCGUACCACAAGGACAUGGACUCCGAUCUAAAAGCAUGGUUCGACUGGGCCUCCUGUCUCAUGGAACCAUGGGACGGGCCAGCUUUGUUGACCUUCACCGACGGCCGUUACACCGGUGCCACUUUGGACAGAAAUGGGUUGAGACCAUGCCGUUACUACAUCACCUCCGAUGACCGUGUCAUUUGUGGUAGUGAAGUCGGUGUCAUUCCAGUUGACAACUCAUUGGUCAUCCAAAAGGGUAAGCUAAAGCCAGGUGACAUGUUGUUGGUGGACACCGAGCUCGGUCGCAUGGUGGACACCAAAAAGCUAAAGCAACAGUUCGCCAAGAGACAAGAUUUCAAGUCGUGGCUCUCUAAAGUCAUCAAGGUAGACGAUCUACUAGAAAAAACCUCAAAAUACAUACCACCAGCUUUGGUCUCGGACUCGGACUUGAAAGUCCAAGCUGAUCCUCGACUAUUGGCCCUUGGUUACACAUACGAACAGGUUUCAAUGAUUCUUGUACCAAUGGCCCUCGGGGGCAAAGAAGCAUUGGGUUCUAUGGGUAAUGACGCCCCACUCGCAUGCUUGAACGAGGACCCAGUGCUCGUGUAUGAUUACUUUAGACAAUUAUUCGCACAAGUGACAAACCCUCCAAUCGAUCCAAUUCGUGAAGCAAACGUUAUGUCCUUGGAGUGUUUCGUCGGUCCUCAAGGUAACCUAUUGGAAAUGCAUCCAUCCCAAUGUGACCGUUUGCUCUUGAAAUCUCCAAUCUUGCACUGGGACGAGUUUGAAGCCUUGAAGAACAUUGAAAAGGCUCAUCCUUCUUGGCAAACAGCUAACAUAGACAUCACUUUCCCAAAGGAGGAAGGUCUAUUGGGUUACACAGCAACCAUCGAUAGAAUCACUCAAGAGGCUUCUGAUGCCAUCGACCAAGGUAAAAAGAUCUUGUUUAUCAGUGACAGACAGUUGUCUGCUAGCCGUGUUCCAAUCUCUUCUUUGAUUGCCGUUGGUGCCAUCCAUCACCAUCUUGUUCGUAACAAGCAACGUUCUCAAGUCGCUCUAAUCUUGGAAACAGGUGAAGCUCGUGAAGUUCACCAUUUCUGUGUACUAUUGGGUUACGGUUGUGACGGUAUCUUCCCAUACUUGGCUAUGGAAACUUUGGUCAAAAUGAACCGUGAAGGCUUGGUCCGUAACGUUGACAACGAUGACUCUUCCAUCGACGACAGAACUUUGCUAGAAAACUAUAAGCAUGCCGUUGACGGUGGUAUCUUCAAGGUCAUGUCAAAGAUGGGUAUCUCCACUCUUGCAUCUUAUAAGGGUGCUCAGAUCUUUGAAGCUCUAGGUAUCGAUAACUCCGUUGUCGAUCUAUGUUUCGCAGGUACUGCUUCAAGAAUCAGAGGUGUUACUUUUGAGUACUUGGCUCAGGACUCGUUUUCCAUGCACGAACGUGGUUUCCCUUCAAGAUUUACCAUCCAAAAAUCAGUAAACUUGCCAGAAUCGGGUGAAUACCACUGGAGGGAUGGUGGUUACAAGCACAUUAAUGACCCAACCGCUAUUGCAUCAUUGCAGGACUCUGUUAGAAACAAGAACGAGGAUGCUUGGGAGAUGUACGUUAGAAAGGAAAUGGAAGCCAUCAGAGAUUGUACUCUAAGAGGUCUACUAGAAUUGGACUACGAGGAGUCUGAUGCAAUUCCAUUGGAACAAGUUGAACCAUGGACCGAGAUUGCAAGAAGAUUCGCCACUGGUGCCAUGUCCUAUGGUUCCAUCUCCAUGGAAGCUCACUCUACUUUGGCCAUUGCCAUGAACCGUUUGGGUGCUAAGUCAAACUGUGGUGAAGGUGGUGAAGAUGCCGAGAGAUCCAUUGUUGCUCCAAACGGUGACACCAUGAGAUCUGCAAUCAAACAAGUUGCAUCUGCUCGUUUCGGUGUUACAUCGUUCUAUCUAUCCGAUGCUGACGAAAUUCAAAUCAAGAUUGCACAAGGUGCUAAGCCAGGUGAAGGUGGUGAACUUCCAGCUCACAAGGUGUCCAAAGACAUUGCUAAGACCAGACAUUCUACACCAUAUGUUGGUUUGAUUUCCCCACCUCCUCAUCACGAUAUUUAUUCUAUUGAAGAUUUGAAGCAGUUGAUUUACGACUUGAAAUGUUCAAACCCAAGAGCAGGUAUUUCUGUCAAAUUAGUGUCUGAAGUUGGUGUUGGUAUCGUUGCAUCCGGUGUUGCCAAGGCUAAGGCAGACCACAUCUUGGUCUCUGGUCAUGAUGGUGGUACUGGUGCUUCUAGAUGGACCGGUAUCAAGUACGCUGGUUUGCCAUGGGAACUUGGUUUGGCCGAAACCCAUCAAACUUUGGUUUUGAAUGACUUGAGAGGUAACGUUGUUGUUCAAACUGACGGUCAAUUAAGAACUGGUUUCGAUAUUGCCGUCGCCAUUUUGUUGGGUGCCGAAUCCUUCACUCUAGCUACUGUCCCAUUGAUUGCCAUGGGUUGUAUCAUGCUAAGAAAAUGUCAUUUGAAUGCAUGUGCUGUUGGUAUUGCCACCCAAGACCCAGUCUUGAGAAGUAAAUUCAAGGGUCAACCAGAACAUGUCAUCAAUUUCUUCUACUACUUGAUCCAAGAUUUGAGAAAGAUCAUGGCCAAGUUGGGUUUCAGAACUGUUGACGAGAUGGUGGGUCACUCCGAAAAAUUGAAGAAGAGAGACGAUGUUAAGACUAAGGCAUUGAACAUCGAUUUAUCCCCAAUCUUGACCCCAGCACAUGUCAUCAGACCUGGUGUUGCUACCAAGUUCACCAAGAAGCAGGAUCACAAGUUGCACACAAGAUUAGAUAACAAGUUGAUCGAUGAAGCCGAGAUAACUUUGGAUAAGGGUUUGCCGGUUAACAUUGAUGCAAACAUCAUCAAUACUGACCGUGCUCUUGGUUCUACUCUUUCUUACAGAGUCUCCAAGAGAUUCGGUGAGAACGGUUUGCCACAGGAUACUGUUGUUGUUAACAUCAAUGGUUCCGCUGGUCAAUCUUUCGGUGCAUUCUUGGCUUCUGGUUUAACAUUCAUUUUGGAUGGUGAUGCCAACGAUUAUGUCGGAAAAGGUAUGUCUGGUGGUAGAUUGAUUAUCAGACCACCAAAGGACUCUAAGUUCAAGUCUGACGAGAACGUCAUUGUCGGUAACACUUGUUUCUACGGUGCAACUUCGGGUUAUGCUUUCAUUUCCGGUUGUGCUGGUGAACGUUUCGCUGUUCGUAAUUCUGGUGCUACUGUGGUCGUUGAAAGAAUCAAGGGUAACAAUGCCUUUGAAUAUAUGACUGGUGGUAGAGCUGUUGUUUUAUCCCAAAUGGAAUCAUUGAAUGCCUUCUCUGGUGCCACUGGUGGUAUUGCAUACUGUCUCACCUCCGACUACGAUGAUUUCGUGGGUAAGAUCAACCACGACACUAUUGAAUUAGAAUCAUUGACCGACCCUGUCGAAAUUGCAUUUGUCAAGAACUUGAUUCAAGAACAUUACAACUACACCAAGUCUGAAUUGGCCAAGAGAAUCUUGGGUAACUUUAACCACUACUUGAAGAACUUUGUGAAGGUUAUUCCUACCGAUUACAAGAAGGUCUUGGAGAACGAGGCAAAGGAGAAGAUCAAGCUCAAGAGAGAAAACACUGAAGAAUUUUUGAAGAAGUUGAACAGCUCUAGAGACACUUCCUUGGAUGCUACUAAUGGUGAAGUUGACUUAAUCAAGCCAAACAAACCUGUCUCCCAUAAAUCUACUUUGAAUGAACCAAAGGUUCUAGAUUUAGAAGAUUCAAUUCAAGAUGCCACUAACUUGAAGAAUGCAGAAAAGAAGAUUGAGAAAAUCCGUGGUUUCAUGAAGUACAAGUUGAAGCAUGAGAAAUACAGAAACGCACAAAGCAGAACCAGUGACUGGAAGGAACUCAGUACCGCUAUCACCAAGAAGCAAGCUAAGGAACAAACAGCCAGAUGUAUGGACUGUGGUGUUCCAUUUUGUACUUCUGAUACCGGUUGUCCAAUUUCUAAUGUUAUUCCAAAGUUCAACGAACUUGUGUUUAAGAACCAAUGGAAGCUUGCUUUGGACAAAUUGUUGGAGACUAACAACUUCCCAGAAUUCACUGGUAGAGUUUGUCCUGCUCCAUGUCAAGGUGCUUGUACCUUAGGAAUCAUCGACGAUCCAGUUGGUAUCAAGUCUGUUGAAAGGUUGAUUAUCGACAAUGCUUUCAAGGAGGGCUGGAUUAAGCCAUGUCCACCUGAGGUGAGAACCGGUAAGGUUGUUGCUGUUAUUGGUUCCGGUCCAGCUGGUUUAGCAUGUGCUGACCAAUUGAACCGUGCUGGUCAUACUGUUGUAGUUUACGAAAGAGCUGACCGUUGCGGUGGUUUGCUAAUGUACGGUAUUCCUAACAUGAAGCUAGACAAGUCUAUUGUUCAAAGACGUCUAGAUCUUUUGGCUGCGGAAGGUAUUCAAUUCGUUACCAACACUGAGAUCGGUAAGGAUAUUAGUGUUCAAGAGUUGAAGAGCAAGUUCGAUGCUGUUGUGUACACUGUUGGUUCUACCAUUCCAAGAGACCUCAGAAUUCCAGGCCGUGAAUUGAAGAACAUUGACUUUGCUAUGACAUUGUUGAAGAAGAACACCAAGGCCUUGUUGGACAACGAUUUAGAGACCGUUAAGGAACAAAUCAAGGGCAAGAAGGUUAUUGUCAUUGGUGGUGGUGAUACAGGUAACGAUUGUUUGGGUACAUCUGUCAGACACGGUGCUGCAUCUGUGCUAAACUUUGAGUUGCUACCACAACCACCAAGUGAGCGUUCCAAGGACAAUCCAUGGCCACAAUGGCCACGUAUCAUGAGAAUUGACUACGGUCAUGCGGAAGUGAAGGAGCAUUACGGUAGAGAUCCUCGUGAAUACUGUAUUCUAUCCAAGGAGUUCAUUGGUAACGAAGAAGGAGAGGUGAAGGCGAUCAAGACUGUUCGUGUUGAAUGGAAGAAAUCGCAAUCAGGCGUUUGGCAGAUGGUGGAUGUUCCAGGAUCUGAAGAGAUCUUUGAAGCUGACAUUGUUUUGUUAUCUAUGGGUUUUGUUGGUCCAGAGGUUAUCGACGAUCCAUCAUUUGUGAAGUCUAAGAGAGGUACUAUCACGACGCUAUCGGAUUCCUCGUACUCCGUUGACGGAGACAAGGUGUUUGCUGCUGGUGACUGUAGAAGAGGUCAAUCUUUGAUUGUUUGGGCCAUCCAAGAAGGUAGAAAGUGUGCUACUGCGAUUGACACUUUCUUGAUGGGUUCUACGAACCUUCCAGGCAACGGUGGUAUUGUCAAGCGUGACUAUAGACUUUUGGAAGAACUAGCCUCUACCAUCUGA